AACAAGACAGAUCACAAACUGUACUGAGCAAUGUGCACAGAUACUAAUAUCUUUAACUACACAGUAUAUAUUUAACUCAAGUAGGACACAUCUGUUGAGAGCAAUGGAAGUAGCAGCACAUAUGGAGUUAAAGACCUCCUCAGUUUCGAACAAGAGAAAAAGGCUGCAUUCUGCAGAUGCAUCGAUACGGUUACAUUCGUCUCGAGAUCAUCCUCAUGCAGCUCAAUGUCCUGCCUCUGCAGCCAUUUCGUCUGAAAAUUCAUGUUCUGCGAUGAAAAUGUGUCAAGAUCUUGGUCACAUUCCUGCGAGUUCACUAGGUCUGAUGAACCAGUCCAUGCAAAAAUGUCCCGUGUCGUUGGAUCUGAAGGGUGAUGAAAUUACCUUAAACAACAAUGGCGGUUUCAGUUGGUUCAGUUUUAGCAGUGGCAGAAAGACUAAAGAAUUCAUGGAAUCAUCCGAAACCAAGAGGAAGAAGGCGGAAGAAGCAAUGGAAUCAUCAGCAAAAAAGAGGCAGAAGGUGGAUUCUUCGAUGCCAUCUGCAGAGGAGAUCGAAGAGUUCUUCUCUGCAGCAGAAAGGCACGAGCAGAAACGAUUUGCAGAGAAGUAUAAUUUCGACGUUGUGAAGGAUAUGCCACUGGAAGGAAGGUACCUCUGGGUCUGUUUAAAGCCAUGAGAAAGUACUACUAGCAUUUCUGAGUAAUAAAUUUUUACAGUAAGUGUUUGUACAUACCGACAAUUCUCUCAUUUCUCAGUCGAUUAAGUAGUACAGAAGUAGGAACUUGAUUGCAGUAUCAAUUUUAGUAUGAAUUGAAUUAAGGUCACUGUUUGCUGGUACAUUCUUCAUAUGCAAAUGGCUCGAAGAGUUGCACGUGAUGUUCAUCUGUGUCGUCUGCCUUUCUGUUUUCGCUCUUUCUGGGCUUGCACUGAUUGCAGAAUGAUACAGUGAUGGUAAUUUGGUGGGCUUUGUGUGGAAAGAUUUUAGUGUGUCUUUUAAUGAGAAAGUUUGCUUUGUUUUGUCAUGUUUA